AAAGAGCCGAGCCGUGCUGGUUGCAGGAAGACACGGCUACCACGCACACUCCACUAGUGUGCAAAAGCUUGGCAACACAAGUCAAGCAGGGCGAGUUGAUUGAUGGUGGGAGCAGCGAGAGAGGUAAAAGGAGGGACGUGCACACCGGCUUUGGCAAAUAAAAGUGACGGCAGGCGGGCGGGGAGCUGUGCCAUGUCAGCCGCCGUGUGGAUCGACGCAAACAUGAGCGAAAGCUUCCUUUUUUACUACACACCUUGUGGCUCCAGGAGUGGACCCUACCUGAACAAUCCAGCCGGAGGUUUGUGAGUGUGUGCGAGUCAACUUUGAAGACUGAUUUGUUGAUUUCCUGCUCGCUUGGAUGUGGCGCCAUGGAGAGACAUUCAAGACUAAGAGCCUUUCUGAUGUUCUUGUGGAUUUUUCAAGGUGACACCCACAAGGUGGAAAUCCCCUGGGAAGAAAUGGAGGUGGUCAAAGGCCAGAUGGUGGUCCUGCACGCCUGGUAUACUCCCGUCUCGGAUAUUUCCAAAAACUCUGUCAUUUGGCACUUCACUGGGAAUCAGUCCAAGCAGGUGAUCAACUUCAGCUCAGGUGAGGUGGGCCACGGCCAGAACGAGUUCACGAAGAGAGCAGGCUUUAGCGCUGCCAUGCCCUCCGCCAACCUCUCCAUCUUCAUCAACAACACCCAGGAAUCCGACUCUGGACGCUACGUGUGCAAUGUCAUCAUCCCGGGGGGCGCUGGCAUUUCUGGACAGAUGCGCCUUAAUGUCAAAGUCCCUCCAUCCCCUCCAGUGUGCACCAUGACAGGCGAGCCGGUCGUCAAUGGCAACGUGACUCUGAGCUGCAAGUCCAGCCAUGGAAAGCCGGUCCCUCAGUACAAAUGGACCAAGUCCGCCCCCAUGCCGGAGGUCUUCUUCUCGCCAAUGCAGAAAUGGAGACCCUGCCCUCAGCCCAUACUGGUCCUGGGCUUCAUGGACGAGAGACAAGGCACCCUGCGGCUGAGCAACCUGACCAAAAGCAUGUCUGGGAAGUACAUCUGCCGAGCCAGUAACACAGCCGGCUCCGACAGCUGUUCCAUUAACCUGGAGGUUAUCACCUCUUCCAACGCGGGCAUGAUUGCGGCCGCCACCCUGGGGUCCAUGGUGGGACUGGUUGCCAUGGCGCUCUUCCUCAUAUUUGUUCUGAGGAGGAGGCGGGACACGGAGGAGGAAACGGCCAAUGAGAUCAAGGAGGACGCCCAGGCCCCAAAGCGAGUGUCCUGGGCAAAGAGCAACACCGGUUCAGACAUUGUGUCCAAAAACGGCACCUUGUCGUCCAUCGCCACCAGUCCUCGCCCCGGAGACCACCACCACCCCCACCGCCAUCCCAACUUCCACUACCCUUACACCCCCUCGUCCACCACAGACGCGGGCUCCGUCAUCAAUGCCUACCAGCUGCGACCCGGAGAGGCCACCACACUGCAAGGACUCCCCGGUUACAACAUGGGCGGGACCCCGUCACGCAAACAGAAACGGCCCCCGGCUGCAAACGGAGCCCCGCCCCAGGUUCUCCGGAGCCCGAUGGUGGCUCUGCCCAACAGGACUGAAGGGGCUCAGCCUCAGAUGCCGCCCCCCUUCACGGUGUCCCCGCAGGCCAGCUCGUCCACGCUGACCAGGGCGGGGACGGUGGCCGUCAUGGUGCCUGCCCAAAGCCAAGCAGGCUCCCUGGUGUAGCAUUGUGUGUGUGCGUGUGUGCGCGUGUGUGAUUAUGUGUAGGGGCGGGGGUCAAACAUUUGCCUUGUGUUGGAGGAAACUAUCUCACAGCUGGCUUGUGCUUCUUUUGCACUCCAAAUUCCACUGACUCAGCACGUUUUCUUUUUUCUACAACUCACUGUUCUAUUUAAAGGCACAGUAGACAACUUCUAAACCGUGUCAUGUUAGUUUAUCCCUCUUGAGAACUACCAAUGUACAUCAUUAAUGCUUACGUGUGUCGUUGAGGCUCAUGUGUACAACUUCUCUCAGGCUAAAGGCUCAGAUUCAGAGCAAAACAACCACAAUUCAAAGUACAAUUCAGGUUUUUCUAAAGAAGUGACAUGAGCUGCCCUGAUGCUGGUUUUGAUGAGUUUGUGGAUGUGUAACCUGUGAUGGUAGAUGGAAUGUAACCAAAACGAUAAAAAAAUAGUUGUUUUUUGGACUACUUUGUUGGUGCUUGGUGAUUCAUGACAGUUAAUGUAUGAGGACAUGGUUGGAUGAGGGGGACCUCCCUUAAUGCCCUGCUUUCUGCUGACUGAUGGCCUUGUUUGUGGAACGAUUUUUAUGCUGGAUGCUAGGAGGAAUUACAAAAUAAAAAUAAUAACAAUGGAGUUAUUUAUAAAUGUUGAACAGCUAAAUGUAGCAUUUUAAAUACAGUUUUUGAUUAUUGGCAGUUUUUUCCAAUAAAAGUGUUUUAUUAUAGUGUCACUGACCAUAUUUAUUACCCACUCAGAGGUUGUGUUGACAAAAUUUAGGCCAGCAGUUCUCAAAUGGUCUCAACCUGGGACCCAUAUUUUCAAGUCACAACCCACUUUA